CUCGUUAAUGAUGUGGCUGGGGUUUGAACUCGAGCGGAUGCAGUGUCAGGGUAUUUGGCAUUUCCGUUCCAGAUAAUGGUCCGUGCAGCAGCUGUUGACCCGGGCCUGCCAGCUCUUGGUUCCCGGGGUCCUUGGUGAGAGAGAGAUGCUUCUUGCUUACAUGACAGCUAAGUGGUUUUUCUAGGACUCAGAAAGAUGGACCCCGAUGUUUACAGCCUUUCUUGGUUCCACAUAACUUCCCGAUUUACAGCGUGCGGGCCAGCCACACAGUGGUGGGUGUGUCUGGGCUCUGACAGUUUGUAUUCCUAGGAUGACCGAGUGGGAGACAGCUGCACCUGCAGUGGCGGAGACCCCUGACAUCAAGCUGUUUGGGAAAUGGAGCACCGAUGAUGUUCAGAUCAAUGACAUUUCCUUGCAGGAUUACAUUGCAGUGAAGGAGAAGUAUGCCAAGUACCUGCCCCACAGUGCAGGGCGAUAUGCGGCCAAGCGCUUCCGUAAGGCACAGUGCCCCAUUGUUGAGCGUCUCACCAACUCAAUGAUGAUGCAUGGCCGUAACAAUGGCAAGAAGCUCAUGACCGUGCGCAUUGUCAAGCAUGCCUUCGAGAUCAUCCAUCUGCUCACUGGUGAGAACCCCCUGCAGGUCCUGGUGAAUGCAAUUAUUAACAGCGGUCCCCGGGAGGACUCAACUCGCAUUGGGCGAGCCGGAACGGUGAGGCGUCAGGCUGUCGACGUGUCCCCCCUGCGCCGUGUGAAUCAGGCCAUCUGGCUGCUGUGCACAGGUGCCCGCGAGGCCGCCUUCCGGAACAUCAAGACUAUUGCCGAGUGCCUAGCAGAUGAGCUCAUCAAUGCAGCCAAGGGCUCUUCCAAUUCCUAUGCUAUCAAGAAGAAGGACGAGCUGGAACGUGUGGCCAAGUCCAACCGUUGAUCACCUGGCUGUGGCUUCAAUAAACCUGUCUGCCUUUGGGGCAGCCUCACC